AUGUUAAUUAAGUAGAGAGUCAAAAUAAUAAAAAUAGUGAAAGUCUAAAUUGAAUCUACCAUUUAAAUUCAAUUAGAAAUGGGAAAAUCAUUAUACUUUCAUAAAUCGUUAUUGAAGUGAA